ACUGUUAGCACCGCCUCCUCUGCGCAUGUCAAACGACACGUGCAUCUGCUGCUGCUGUCGGUUGCGAGCGUUGUGUUCGCCCGUUAACAACUUAACUUGUAGAUAAUUAUAUUUUUCCCGAACUUGUGUGGAGGAUCACAUAUCGUUUGUAAAUGGGGGGUCUUCAGAAGAAGAAGUACGAGAGGGGCUCAGCCACCAACUACAUCACCAGAAACAAAGCUCGCAAGAAGUUGCAGCUCAGCCUUCCAGAUUUCAGGCGACUGUGCAUCCUUAAAGGAAUCUACCCUCAUGAGCCCAAACACAAGAAGAAGGUUAACAAGGGCUCUACCGCCGCGAGGACCUUCUACCUGCUCAAAGACAUCCGCUUUCUGCUGCAUGAGCCCAUCGUUGGCAAGUUCAGAGACUACAAGGUAUUUGUACGCAAACUUAAGAGGGCUUAUGGAAAAACAGAGUGGUCUGCUGUGGAGAGACUGAAGGAGAACAAGCCCACCUAUAAAUUGGACCACAUCAUCAAAGAAAGGUACCCCUCCUUCAUCGAUGCCCUCCGUGAUAUCGACGAUGCCCUCUGCAUGUGCUUCCUCUUCUCUACCUUCGCUCGUACGGGAAAAUGUCACGUUCAGACGAUCCAGCUGUGCAGACGCCUCACUGUGGAGUGGAUGAACUAUGUGAUUGCAUCUCGUGGUCUCAGAAAGGUAUUCAUCUCCAUCAAGGGAAUAUAUUACCAAGCUGAGGCGAUGGGACAGCUCAUUACAUGGCUGGUGCCUUAUCAGUUCUCUCAUGAUCACCCAACAGAUGUCGACUACAGAGUAAUGGCGACUUUCACAGAAAUGUACACCACUCUGCUGGGCUUCGUCAACUUCAGACUCUACCAUUCCCUCAACCUGCUCUACCCACCAAAGCUGGACAGUAAAUCAGAGGCGGAGCUGAAGGAAGAGGAUGAGGAGGACUACGCCAUGAAUUCAGAAAGCUACUUGGAGAAACUGUCAGCACUGAGUGCCAGUCUGGCGCGGGUGGUUUCCUCUGCAGAGGAAGAGGAGGCUGAGCUCGACCAGUUUCCUGCUGAGGGGGAGGACAUGGAAAAGAUGGAGACCAUGGAAAAGGAACAAAAACUAAUUGAGGCUCAGAAAAAAAUGUUCCAGGGUCUCAAAUUCUUCCUCAACAGAGAAGUUCCCAGAGAGUCGCUGGCUUUUGUCAUCAGGUGUUUUGGUGGCGAGGUGUCCUGGGACAGAUCUGUGUGCAUUGGCAGCACGUACGAGGUGACAGAUGAGACCAUCACACAUCAAAUCGUUGACAGACCCAGUAUCGACAAACAGUACAUCAACAGGUACUACAUCCAGCCCCAGUGGGUGUAUGAUUGUGUCAAUGCCAAAAUCCUCCUGCCCGUGGAGGACUACUUCCUGGGAGUGACUCUGCCGCCCCAUCUCUCUCCAUUUGUGGAGGAGAAGGACGGAGACUAUGUGCCACCCGAAAAACUGAAGAUAAUGGCCUUACAGCGAGGAGAAAAACCUGCCGAAGAACAGGAGGAUGAGGAAGAAGAGGAAGAUGGGGAGGAUGAAGAUGAAGAAGAGGACGAAGAUGAUGACAACGAAGAGGAAGAUGACGACGAGGAGGAACAGGCAGAAGAGAAGAAUCUUAAAAAGAUGGAGAAGCAAAAAGCCCAGGGCAAGUCUCUACAAGUCAAGGUGACGCCUGGCAAAAUGAAGGUGGAAGACAAAGCACGCUUGGACCAGGAGGAGAAAGCAGAGGAGAAACGUCUCGCCAUCAUGAUGAUGAAGAAGAAAGAGAAGUACCUCUACGACAAAAUCAUGUUCGGAAAGAAGAGAAAAGUCAGAGAGGCUAACAAGCUGGCUGCCAAGAGGAAAGCCCAUGACGAUGCUGAAAAAUCAAAGAAGAAAAAGACCAGAAAGUGAAUCAUCUGAUGAAGUAUUUGUCAGACUGACUUUAUUUAACUCCCUGAGGUAGAGCGCGUUACAGGUUGAUGUGUCAUUAAACCUGUGGGUGUGUUAGAGCUCUGUUAGUGAGCUACGUGCACCGUGAUGUGGGUGCAGUGACCGCUGCAUAAUUCCAACAUGAAAUGCAGGAUGUGGAACAUGCUAACUUGUAAUUAUUAAUGUAAAAGUGUUUGCUUUGAUGUUGUUUGUAUGUAUUGUUCUACAUGACACAAGAUAUUUCUUCCUAUGUUGAGAUCUGUACUUUAAAUGGCCUGUAUUUUAAAAUAAAAACACAACUUAAGACUUUC